AUGAUAAAUACUGUGAUUUUGAGAUUUUCAAGAACUUCCAUAAAUAAUUUUAAAACUAAUAAAAAUUUUAAAAAUUUAAACAAUAUUAUUAACAUUACUGAGGAUGUUAGUUUUCAUAAAAAGCAAAAUUCCUCUCAAUUCCCCCUAAACAACAGAUGGGUUAAAAAUAAUGAAAUACAAAAUUCUCAAGAUUCUUCCAACAAACUAAAGAACUCUGAUAUUGAGAAAUAUAAUUUUAAGGAGGAUUUGGAGGAAAAAUUGGAAUUUGAGAGCUUAAAGCCUAACCCGAGAUACCAAGAUUUAACCCACGAGGAACGCCAAUAUAUACAGGAGCUCACUUCUAAAGCAAGAAUUAGCGACCCUUACAAUUCAUUAAACGUUAAUAAAGUCAAAGUUGAUCCGAUUCGUGACGCUAAAACUAUAUUAAAGGAUAUUUCAUCAGAACAUAAAAGUGAAAUGUAUAAUGAAAUUGAUGAGUUGGAGGAAAAUAAUGGACUGGAUAAUAAAUUAGUUGAACAAAAUAAAUUCGAUGAAAUUGUUUCAAAAAUUAGAACUAAAAUUAGAUUAGAGAAAAAAUCCAAUUCACUCAUUAAUAAACUCACAAUUCCCAAUGUCAAUGGUGAAGUCUUGGAUCCGAUAAAGAAGCAUGUAUUGAGGAGGGCAGCUAGAAUUAGUACAAUGCUACACACUCAUAUUGAGCAAUUAUUAACAUGUAAUAAACCAGAACUGUUAUAUACCCAUUUAAACGGAGCAUCAAUUAGUAUUAAUCACGUAGAAAUGCCAACUAGUAAGAGCACAGUCAAGUGUUAUUAUAAUAUAAUAUCAAAACACGAUCCUGAAGAGGUCCAGAAAGGAUUAGAUAAGGUCUCAUCAAGGUUAAGGUUCAUGAUAGCAAGGAAGCUUGAGUUGGGUUAUACACCUCCAAUUAGGUUCAUCAAGUACAAUCGAAACGAGUUUGUUAAUGUAAAGAAGAAAUCCCAGUUAUUGGAAUAUGCAUAUAAUAUGCCCCUGGAAUUAAAUUCACGUGCAAUUGAUAAGGGUAAUACUAAGGAAGAUUCCACAGUAUACAAUAAUGAAGAGGAAAAAAUACAAAUAAGGGAUGGUGAUAUAAGUGAUGAAAUGAGCAGGGAAAUUCAAGAAUCAUUUCACAGGUGUUAUUAUGGUUAUACUUAA